AGCGCAGCAGGGACAUCACGGUGUGCGCAUCGCGCUGGUGCGCUUCGUCUGCGGCCUGCUCCGCGUUUUUUGCGGGCUUUGAUGCAGAGAUCGCGUUGGCUGGUGUGUAAGGAGUCUUAAGAUCGUAAUUUGCACCACGGCUUAAUUUUAAUUCGGCAGUUACCCUUGCCCCGUUCAUUUGUGUCUCCAUCAAUCCACUUGCACGAUGAGUGCUUCCGUCGACAAAGAGGCGUUUUAUCGCCGUGCGAAGCGCAUUUACACCGGCUGGAAGAAUGUGAAGAACAGCGAGGAUGGCCUGGGCAAGAUGGACGCGCUGGUCUCGUCGGUCGGCGCUGACGAGGACGUCGUGUACAGCAAAUCGACGGCCACGCAGACCUGGCUGCUUGGCUACGAGCUCACCGACACGGUCAUGGUCAUGUGCGACCAGGCCAUCUUCUUCCUGGCCAGCAAGAAGAAGAUCGACUUUCUCAAGAAGCUGGAGAACAGCAAGGACGAAAACAACUCACUUCCGCCCGUCAAGCUGCUGAUUCGGGACAAGACGGACAAGGACAAAGCCAACUUUGCCAAGCUCAUAGCAGCCAUCAAGGAAAGCAAGAAAGGAAAAGUGGUCGGUGUCUACAGCAAGGAUAAAUUUCCUGGGGAAUUCAACGAAGGCUGGAGGGCGGCUUUGAAGGAAACAAACUUUGAAACGAUCGACGUCAGCGCCACCAUGGCGUUCAUCAUGUCGAUGAAGGAGGAGUCGGAGUUAAAGAUAAUCAAGCGCGCCUGUGACAUCACCACUGACGUGUUCGGCAAGUACCUGAAGGACCAGGUCAUGGAAAUCAUCGACGCCGACAAGAAGGUGCGUCACGCCAAGCUGGCGGAGGAGGUGGAGAAGGCGCUGACCAACAAGAAAUACAUCCCCAACAACGUGGACGUGAACCACGUGGAGACGUGUUACCCGGCCAUCAUCCAGAGCGGCGGCAACUACAACCUCAAGUUCUCCGUGGUCAGCGACAAGAAUGUGCUGCACUUCGGGGCCAUCAUCUGCUCACUGGGCGCGCGCUACAAGUCCUACUGCUCCAACAUCGUGCGCACGCUGAUGGUGAACCCCACGCAGCAAAUUCAGGACAACUACAGCUUCCUCGUCUCCGUGGAGGAGCAGCUGCUGGGCAAGCUGAUCCCCGGCAAGCGCAUCAAUGAGGCCUACGAGGAGACGGUCGGCUUCGUCAAGAAGGAGCGUCCCGCCCUGGUCGACAGGCUCACCAAAACUCUGGGCUUCGUCACCGGCAUCGAAUUCCGCGAGGGCUCGCUGGUCAUCAGUCCCAAAAACAACACGCCCAUGAAGAAGGGCAUGGUGUUCAACGUGGCCGUCGGUCUGGCUGACCUAACCAACGACGAAGCCGACGACGACAAGUUCAAGAAAUACAGCCUGUUCAUCGGCGACACGGUGGUGGUGCAGGAGACGGGCCCGGCCUCGGUGCUCACUGUCAGCAAGAAGAAGAUUAAGAACGUGGGCAUCUUCCUGAAGGACGAGGACGAGGAGGAGGAGGAGGAGCCGGCUCGGCCCGUGGAGGAGACCAAGCCCGAGAUGUUCGGCCGCGGCAAGCGCUCGGCUGUCAUCGAGAACAAACUCAGGCAAGACCAGACGGCAGAGGAGAAGCGCCGCUCUCACCAGAAGGAGCUGGCCGAGCAGCUGAACAAGGAGGCGCUGGAGCGCAUUGCCGAGGGCAAGGGCUUCAAGCAGGAGGAAAAGAAGAAGAAAAGCGAGAUAUCGUACCGCAAGCAGAGCGAGGUGCCGCGCGAGCCAGAGCUCAAGGAGAACAGAAUCUUUGUCGACAAGAAGUACGAGACGGUGAUCCUGCCGGUGUAUGGCAUACCCACGCCGUUCCACAUCGCCACCGUGAAGAACAUCUCACAGUCCGUGGAGGGCGACUACACGUACCUGCGCAUCAACUUCUUCUGCCCCGGCUCGUCGCUGGGCAAGGAGAACCUCUCCUACCCCAACCCGGAGGCCAUCUUUCUCAAAGAAGUCACAUUCCGCGCCACCAACAAGAAGGAGCCGGGCGAGCUGUCAGCGCCCUCCUCCAAUCUCAACACCGCCUUCCGCCUCAUCAAGGAGGUGCAGAAGAAGUUCAAGACCAGGGAGGCCGAGGAGAAGAUCAAGUCGGACCUGGUACAGCAAGACACGCUGAUCGUCUCAGCCAACAAGGGCAACCCCAAGCUGAAGGACCUGUACAUGAGGCCGACCAUCGUGCAGCGACGCAUGACCGGCUCUCUAGAGGCGCACUCAAACGGCUUCCGGUACACGUCAAUCCGCGGUGACAAGGUGGACGUCCUCUACAACAAUAUCCGGGCGGCCUUUUUCCAGCCGUGCGACCAGGAGAUGAUCAUCCUGCUCCACUUCCACCUGAAGAACGCCAUCAUGUUCGGCAAGAAGAAGCAGCUGGACGUGCAGUUCUACACGGAGGUGGGCGAGAUCACUACCGACCUGGGCAAGCACCAGCACAUGCACGACCGCGACGACAUGGCCGCCGAGCAGGCCGAGCGGGAGCUGCGUCACAAGCUCAAGUCCGCCUUCAAAAACUUCACGGAGAAGGUGGAGGCCAUGACCAAGGGCAAGGUCGACUUCGACACGCCGUUCCGUGACCUGGGCUUCUUCGGCGCGCCGUUUCGCUCCACGGUGAUGCUCCAGCCGACAUCCGGCGCCCUGGUCUCCCUCAUCGACUGGCCGCCGUUCGUCAUCAUCCUGGACAGCAUCGAACUGGUGCACUUUGAGCGUGUCCAGUUCCACCUGAAGAGCUUCGACAUCGUCUUCGUCUUCAAGGACUACACGAAGAAGACAGCACACAUCAACUCAGUGCCCAUGAACCAGUUGGACCAUGUCAAGGACUGGCUUAACUCGUGCGACAUUCGCUACACGGAGGGCGUGCAGUCGCUCAACUGGGCCAAGAUCAUGAAGACGAUCGUGGACGACCCGGAGGGCUUCUUCGAGGACGGCGGCUGGAGCUUCCUCGACCCCGAGUCGGGCAGCGAGAGAGAGGACGAGGACGCCGAGGAGGAGGAGGACGAGUUCAAGCCGAGCGAGGGCGAGGGCGACUCGGGCGAGGAGUCCGAGUACAGCGAUGAGGACUCGGAGUCGGAGUACUCGGAAGACAUGUCCGAGUCGGCUGGAUCGGACGCGGAGGGCUCGGAAGAAGAGUCUGGCAAGGACUGGUCCGAGCUGGAGGAGGAGGCACGCGAGGCUGACAAGGAACGCAGCGAGUUCCAGGACGAGUAUACCUCCAAGAAGAAGGGGGCCAUGCCGAGUAAGGACCGAGGCCGGCACAGCCACCACUCGUCCAGCAAGCACAAGUCACCGAGCAAGCACAAGUCGCCCAGCAAGCACAAGUCGCCCAGCAAGUCCAAGUCACCCAGCAAGUCGGGGAGCUCCAAACAGAAAUCACCUUCCAAGAGCUCAAGCAGCAAGCGGAGCCGUGACGACAGCGGAGACCGCCACAAGUCGAAGAAGGCCAGGCGAUGAGCUGGCGCCGACCGCCGACAGACCGGCGGGCGGUGACGCCGGCCGCAGGACGACCCCAGACGUGGCUGCCCCGACAGCGGACGCUGCCGGACGCCGCGCCGCGCCGUCAGGGACCGCCACCUGCGGGGCGGGCGCCA